CAGAAGUAGCAGGAACGGACACCAGCAUCCCCAUUACUCCGGAACACACGUCGGAAGCCCUCGUCGGAAGCAUCAGCAACAUGUUCAACAACGGCAACUAUGGCAAUGUCAUGAUGAGCGGUGGAGCGGGAACGGGAGGCCUUGGGGGUGGUCCAGCCGGAGGGGCAGGUGGAGUCGGGGGCGGCAACGAUGGACAGCAGCAGUUCCGGAACAGCAAGGUCGAACAGUACUCACCCAAAUCGUCACCCCGGGCGGGUGGUGCCGGAGGGCGAUCGCCCGUCGUCUCCCGGCAGGAUUCCACAGGAACACUCAAAACCACCAUCCAGCUCGGGAAGAACCCAUCGAUCGUGCACAGCGGCCCGUUCUAUCUGAUGAAGGAACCACCAGGCGAAGGCGAACUGACCGGGGCCACGAACCUGAUGGCCCAUUACGGUCUUGAGCACACGUACAGUAAGUUUAGCGGUAAGAAGGUCAAGGAGCAGCUAUCGUCGUUCCUACCCAACCUACCCGGGGUAAUCGACGGCCCGGGCUAUCUCGAUAACAGCUCACUGCGAAGCGUGAUCGAAAAACCUCCGAUCGUCGGUAAGGAGUUGCUUCCUCUCACAAGCGUACAAUUGGCCGGAUUCCGAUUACAUCCUGGCCCCCUUCCGGAACAGUAUAAGCACCUGAAAACAGCACCCACUAGAAAACAUAAGAAUAAGCAUAAGAAACACAAAUACAAGGAAGGCGUCCCGCCUCAAUCGGAGCAGUCCUCGCUGGAGGCUGCCGGUCUCGAUAUUCACGAGAAAAAGCACAAAAAGCAGAAACGCCACGAAGACGACAAGGAACGAAAAAAGCGGAAAAAAGAAAAGAAACGCAAAAAACAGCGCCACAGUCCGGAACAUCCGGGUGGUGGCACGGCAUCGAUGCCACCCCAAACGCAGGUCUUCUAAUUUGUUGGAUGUUAUGCACUGCGCGCGGUCGAAUCAAAAGAAACAAACUGUUUUACAUAAGCCACACAUACCCCCCUUUCCCCAUCUAAUAAAACAACACGCAUACCAAGGCGGUGUAGCGACUACUAAAGAUAAAAGAAAAAUCGUUUUUAGUCGUGUAAGACAAAAUGCUUUAAUUUUAAGGAUACACUUUUGAGCGGAAAUGGGUCAUGCCCCAAAUUCGGUUUCCGAUGAUCGACACAAAAUGUAAACUCACACAACCUCACUACAAGGAUCAAAAUUACUGCAAUGGAGUCAUUCGAACCCAAUCAACAGAUUGGUCGAAAAUUCUGAAACGCAAUCUUUAUAAAACAAUAGUUAAAAGUUAAACACAUAUAGAAAGAAAGUCAACCAAACUCAGAGUGUAUCGCACAUCAUUUUUUUUGUUGGAAUGACCACUACCACUACUUUGAAUAACAUUAUAAAAGAUUAUUUCGGAAAAUCAUAAGUGAUCCUUCGAGAAAACAAAACAUCUAUAAAUAAAAGUGUUGAUAAGUGCUUCAUAAAGUCCCCAUGACAAGUAAUGUGGGGAACUAAAUCGAACAAUGGUGGAUUGAGAAAAAUGCCAAUUUAUAAAAAAAAAACAAUACAGAUUAUCAAAUUAGUAAAUCAUUUCCGCCAUUCAAUUCCAGUAAAGUGAAAAAAUUAAAGGCCUUGUUUUUGUUUGUCGUGCAGUAGUACUGCGAUGCAUACGGAAAGAAAAAAAAUGUAUGAUCGUUGAAAUUAGGUUCAUUUUUUUACAUUUUGCCUUUAGUCUCGUAAGUCUUGAACGAUCUUUUUCUUUUGUCUCCUAAUUUUUCGGUUCGGAACUUAACACAGUGUGCAAGCAUAGCCCUGCACAGGGAGCAGCUUCCCUUCUCAAAUUUAGCAACUCUUAAAUCGAAUCCAUUCAGGAGAGCAAACACAGUCAGAAAGCAGGAAAUCGACCCCACGAAUUGUAAUUCGAUAGUUUUGCCUGCUCUGUUUGUUAAUUUUUAUGUGUUGUACAGGAAUCUGAGUAUGGUCAUAUGUACGGAUUACGUUUCUGUUUUGUCCUGUUCCAGAUUUCGGUUGAGUAAAUUCUGACUUUAAUAUGUUCGAGAAAAAAAAAAUCAGAAGCGACAUGAACAGGAAAAAACUAACUGUGCAGAAAGCAUGAAUAACAUUUUAGUAACGUGUAUUUAUAAUUAAAUCGAUUUGAAUUAUUAUUUAAUUUUAUUUUUUAUCUUAUCUAGCAAUACAUUUGAAGCAAAUGAAA